CACCAGUAGCCUAGUCUGUACACACACACACACCAGUAGCCUAGCCUGGUGUGUGUACAGGCUAGGCUAGGCUAAUAGUUCCUUGAAACAAUGUGAAGCGUAGCGGUACUGUAAUGCAGGGGGGAAAUGCAUAAACGGUGCAUGUAUUGUUGUGGAGGGACAUGCCAGGAUAUCAUUUUAGAGUUGCAGUAGGCAGCAUUGCAGAGUAAGUGCACUAUCUAUGCUGUUAAAGCAGCGGUAAAUAAGAGAGAUUGAAGAGGCACAUGCCAAGAAUUACUGGCAAAGCUGCAGUGUCUGGCAUUUACACAUAUUUUACAAGUUGUCAGGUAACUUAAAGAGGUGUUUUAUGCUAGUUGUUUAAUGCGAAAAAUAUUAAAAGCUGAUUGUAUCUUUAAAUGUUUCCACUUGUUCCAGACCAAAGGUUAUGCUGGUGGUGUGUAUGUGUAUGACUGACUGCAUAUGUAAAUUUGUGUUCAUAUGUUCACAUGAGUGGGUUAUUUUUACAUUUUGUUGAUAUUUCUGCCCCUGAUAUUUUGUCAUAUUAAUUAAAACCAUGAACAUGAAUGUGUGUGUUUGUGUCAGCACUCCAUGUUAUUGAGCAGACGAAAUCACUUCUAAAGCCUGCUGCAAGUCAGGUGCUGUAGACAGAAGUAAGAUAGUAUAAUUCAUAAUAAACAGCAAACUUGGCAACCUUUGGAAUCGGAAUCAUAGAAUAUAGUUGAUAUAUUGAGGAAGAGGUGCCUAUGAACUAGGAUAGGCUACCUAAUGCGUCCUUAAGAGACAUCUGCUGGUCACCUUCAGUAUCAGUAGGCUAUAGCCUAUGCAACGGAAACGAUUUCUUUAAAGAAAACUUCAGAAAAACGUUAUUGCAAUGUCUACAGAGUAUUUUCGAGAUAUUUCAAAGAUUCCAUAUUGGCCCAGCGCUGGUGCCAAGGACGUGUUGUGUUUUAAGCACUACAAUGCUGGGGAAGUGUUGCAUGGAAGAACGAUGGAGGACUGGCUAAGGUUCUCUGUAUGCUACUGGCAUUCCUUCUGUGGAACUGGUGCUGAUCCUUUUGGAUUCCCCACGCUCUAUCGACCUUGGAAUGAGGGAGGCAGCGCAAUGGAAACGGCAAAGAAAAGACUCCAUGCCGCCUUUGAAUUCUUCACUAAACUUGGUGUGAAGUAUUACACAUUCCAUGACAGAGACAUGGCCCCAGAGGGGUCCACUCUGGAGGAGUCCAACUGUAACCUGGACGAGAUGACCGACCUGGCCCUGGUACUCCAGAAGCAGACAGGGGUCAAAGUGCUGUGGGUCACCUGCAACCUGUUUGCCCAUCCCAGGUACAUGAAUGGUGCAUCCACGAAUCCAGACAGUCAUGUGCUGGCCUACGCUGGGGCCCAGGUGAAGAAAGGACUGGAUGUGGCCAAGAAAUUAGGCGCUGAAAACUUUGUGUUCUGGGGAGGCAGAGAGGGCUUCCUCUCAAUAUACAACACUGAUGUGGCUGCUGAGUUGAAACAUAUGGCAAACUUUUUCAAAAUGGCAGUUGCGUACAAGGAAAAGAUUGGCCUGAAGUGCCAGUUCCUCAUUGAGCCAAAGCCGAAGGAGCCAUGCAAGCACCAGUAUGAUUACGACGCUAUGAGUGUUAUUGGUUUCCUGAAACAUUAUGGCCUGGAUCAACAUUUCAAGCUCAACAUCGAACCUAACCACACCACUCUCGCUGGCCAUUCCUAUGAACACGACAUUGUCAUGACCUCUGUGUUUGGAAUGCUGGGGUCUGUAGACUCCAACACUGGAUCACCUGAUCUCGGCUGGGACACUGACCAGUUCCCCAUGGACAUCAGGAACACCACCAUAGUGAUGAAGACCGUGAUUGAACAGGGUGGUCUGCAGCCAGGGGGCUUGAACUUUGAUGCCAAAGUUCGGCGUGAGUCCACAGACCUGGAGGACCUGUUCAUAGCCCAUAUUGCAGCCAUGGAUGCUUUUGCAAGAGGCUUAAGAAAUGCUGUUCGGAUUAUUGAAGAAGGAGUUAUUGAUGGCAUGCUCAAGGAGCGUUACCUGAGUUUCAAGGAGGGUAUUGGACAGAAAGUGGACGAGGGUAAGACCUCACUGGAAGAACUUGAGGAAUUCAUUAAGCAAAAUGGAGAACCAAAGGUCACAUCAGGAAAGCAGGAGAAAUGUGAAUCUGUUUUUAACCAUUACCUGUGAUUGAAUGAGGAAUUACAUUUUUUCUAAUCUGGGUCAAAUUUAGUUGAUUGAAGCCUAGUUGUAGUUGUGCUUUGUGGUAGUUGUGCUUUAGACUUUGAACUAGUUUCAUGAUGUUGUCUAGUCUGUUUAUGUAUGCUAUUACCCUACUUACAAUCUCGCACUGCAGAGAGCAGGAUUUCAUAAAAUGGCUAGAGAAUUCAAAUUUCACUUUUAUUGCCAGUUGUUUGUUAGUCUGUAUGACUAUUGCAUUGAAGAAUGAAUCACUGGUGCCUGAAGACACUUGAAACUGACUAAUGGGAGAGGAAAGAUAAAAAAAUAUCUGUACACCUCAUCUUUAAUCGGACCCCACCCCCAUAUUCACAUAUGAUAGAUCAAAUGAAAUAAAACUAAAAUGUAAAAAAAAAAUCUACAAUGGUAUAGAAAAACACUUCAUGUUUAAUGCUCUUGUUUUGAACAUUUUAUCAUGAUUUCGACUAUUGAUGUGAGCAUUUCCUUGUCUGUUUGUCCGAAAAUAUAAUAAAAUUGAAAUCACAGGUUGAAGACACCUCUACAGUGACAUCACA